AUGACAGGCCAAUCCGGGAACAGAUGCCAGCUCACCGUAGACCGCAGAACUAGUCAAUGUGAUCGCAAACGUUUCAUCACCAAUCGAGCUGACAUCAACGCCGCAUCCCGGAAUAGUGAAGCGGUGCGGCCCAUCAGACAGUGGGCGUGGGAUGAGGUGGCCUGGUGCAGCACAUUCAAUUGCCUGAGAACAUCACAAACGAGAGAUUCAGCUGGGUUUCGGCGAAAUACACUCAUUUGCAAACUAAUUUGGUUUUUCGAGAGACUCACCUGGAACCCAGCUGAUGUUCUCAGGCAACCGAAUGUGCUGCACCAGGCCGCCUCAUGUUUCAGCUGCUACGAUAUUCGAGAUAUCGCGAUACAUGUAUAUCUUUGUAAUGUACUACUCAUAAGUUUGCUGAAAAUCCGUCGACAGCCCACGACCGGUUUCACCUUUUUUGGAGCUCAUCAGAGAGGCGUAGUCCCCUGA